AUGUCUACAGUUUUGAAAUACGAUACUGUAUUCGCCUAUCGCGAUUUUGAUCUUCAAGCCCUUUGCCGUCGAGCGAGCGCACUACGACAGGGUGUUCCUUGUGCUUGCGAUCCCGAAAAACGUCCUGCCUCGGGAUCGUUCAACUUCGCCAUCUUUAUUUCAUUUGAGGACGGGGUGAGAUGGGUAUUCAGAUCCCCAACCUCAACGACCUUGCCAUUGGAACAGGAGGAAAAGCUACUUGCAAGCGAAGCUGCCACGCUACGAUACCUCAAAGCUCAUAGCGACAUUCCAGUUCCAGAGGUAUACGACUACUGUGUUUCUUCGGAUAACGACAUCGGGAUUCCGUUCAUCCUUAUGAGUGAAGCACCUGGGCAGCAAUUGUCAGACGUUUGGAAGUCAGCCAGUAAUUCACAACCUGGCCUAGAGGCCGGCGAGAAGGACAAGAUACUUUCCCAGCUGGGUGCUAUUACCUUCAAACUUUCGCAGUUGCGCUUCGAUAAAAUCGGGUCACUGUUCGAAGAGGCUGGAUCUUUCGCACCCAAGGAAUGUCUUUCGCGUGGUCACAUGUUGGAUGAUCGAUAUUUGUUGGAGAUACCACGGGGACCUUUCGGCUCUGAAACAGAGUUCUACAAUAACCUCAUUUCUGCGCUCUCGGAGCACGCUGAGACCAUGCCGUUGUUACCACACUGCUUCGUGGCACCUGUUCCCACCCGGGAUGAGUAUCAAUCCUACAUACAAUACCAGAAUGCCUCGCUAUUGUGGAAUGAUUUUGUGUGCGUCGGAGACAAGUUCGACUCGUCGAAGAACAGACUGGAUUACGUUGUCCUAGCCGACGCUCUCCGCGACAUCUUACAGAAACUCGAACCCCCUGCUGUCAACCCCGGAACCUUUCCCUUGUGUCACCCCGAUCUGAGCGCCGAUAACAUAUUCGUCGAUGAGGAUUUCAAUAUUACGUGUCUUAUAGACUGGGCGUUUGCGUCAUCCGUCCCCGAUUUCAUGCUUUUUACUAUGCCCGGCUUGCCGCAAUACCGCGACGAACUCAGCUCGGAGUUCGAAAUGCCCUUCAUUGAUGGUUUUUAUGAGGUUAUUCCUAAAUCGAUGGAUCGGAGAACAAUCAGCAAAUAUCGCGAAUUGUGGGAGACGGACAAAGUUCAAGUUGCCUGGAAAUUGAGUCGGCUUCUCACCCUGGACUCAAUUCGGGAUUACCCUCUCUUUGCCGCUGUCUGGGAAUUUGCGCACGGUUUUGAUCAGGAUGCGGGGCAAUAUUUCCAACAGCAAUGUCGUUUGCCUCACUACGUUCAGCUUUACAAGGAAUUUCAAAAAGAGGAUAGUCCCAUUUCGGAAGUUGAAAAGAAGGAAAAUGAUUAUCUCGGGAACAAGAUCUUCAGAAAAACAAUAGCCAGGAAACUAACGCUGGUCUCCGAGUGGAACCGACAAUACGCCGAAAAAAAACCGCCGAGUCUCCGAAACAGUUUGUUUGUCACUUCGCCGCAGUUGUGGAAAUGGAUUCUCUCGUUUGCGCAGGACUGGGACGACAUGUUUGACGCAGUGGGAUCGGAAAUCAUAAUCGAAGGCAAAGCAAAAGGCGGAGGCGAACGGGAAGGCAAAGAGGGGGUCAUGCCGUGA